UAGUUGGAUUAUGCAAGUAAGCCAAUAACUUAUCAGUGUAUAUAUAGAGGUAUGUUGGAGAUGUUGUGCUACACCUGAUUCAGAUUUCUAACUGCGUAUGUCGACCGGCUGCAUUUGGAGUAUGUCAAUCUUCAAGGUUCUUGGUCUACUUCUGCUCCAUGUGGCUUUAGUUACUCCAGGUGUACAGAUAUGCCAAGACCCUGAUGAGAAUGCCUACUCAAUCAUCACAUGUGGCGCUCCCGGGAGGGAUGGUCUACCAGGCAUGAAUGGAAUAAAUGGAUCGAAAGGGGAAAAGGGCGAACCAGGUCUGCCUGGAACACCGGGGAAAACUGGACAAACUGGACCAAGAGGAGAGCAGGGGCCAGCAGGACCAAAGGGAGAAAGAGGAGAGAGAGGAGCUUCAGGCCCUCCUGGAUUACAAGGAAUUUCUGGACCAACUGGAGCAAAAGGAGAACAAGGAGCCAAUGGGGCACCAGGAGCACCUGGUACACUAGGGGUUGCCGGACCAGCAGGCCCAAAAGGAGAAAGAGGAAACAGUGGGCCUUCAGGACCCCAAGGACCGAAAGGGGAAAGAGGAGACAGCGCGGCUCCAGCAAUCGAAAAUCUUAAAUUACAAGUGACUGGUUUGGAUAGACGGAUGAGAGAUCUGCAAUCAAACCUUGAGAAGCAUGGAAAAGCUUUAUCCUUUACAAAAGGAUUUGUUAGAAGUGGUGACAAAAUCUAUAUUAUAAACGGCAUUGAAGCCACUUAUUUUGAUGCCAAAGCUAGUUGUGCCAGUAGUGGAGGUCAGCUGGCCUCUCCUCGGACCCCCGAAGAAAACCAAGCCAUCUUCUCUCUCCGUAAGCAAGUUGAUAAGCAUGCAUUCAUGGGUAUGAACGACCUGCAGAAAGAGGGUGAUUUUAGAUAUCCGUCUGGAGGAACCAUCAUCUACUCCAACUGGGGCCCAGGUGAACCCAACAAUGUUCGUGGCAAAGAGCACUGCGUGGAGAUGCGUGAAACUGGAAAGUGGAAUGACGAGAAUUGCGCAGAAAAACGACUUUUUGUUUGUGAGUUUUAAAUCAAUGUAAAUAAGAUUCUGUGAAUCCAUGAAGGCACCUCUUCUAUUCUUCAAAGGCGCCUUUGAUCGUUUUUCAAAAACUGAACUUUUAGAGGCCACAUUACCUUUAUUCUCUUGGGUGCCUCCAAUUAACAAGCAUUAUUUUCCUUAAAAACGUUAAAUGCAUGUAACUUUAUUAAACAUUACAUCUUAUUUACAAUACAA